CAAGAAAACAAGUCAAAAUUAAACGUCAUCUAUUCGGAUUUCUGAAGCUUGUUUUCACAAAAAAAAAAAUAAUUUAAUUAUUUUUCAUGUUUUAUUUGAAAUGUAAAAUAAUAAAACAAUAGCAAUUAAAAUUAUGAACAAGCAUGAUUGGUUUUUGUUUUACCUUCUAAGUGCAUUCGUAUUUGGAUGUUGUCUUUUCUUAGGUGGGUUCUAUCCAGUUGAUUUUCAAAAGACUGGAUUAGCUCCGUCCCCGUUGCCUCCAACCAAACUAAAUGGCUUAAGCUUGAAUCGACCAAAGAAACAAUAUUCAAAUGUUGUUUUUAUGGUUAUCGAUGCUCUACGAUAUGAUUUCAUUGUACCUGAAAUGAUGCCCUACACUAGCCGGCAUUGUAAGAUUAAAUUGAAAGCAAGCAUUCCAACAGUUACCUUACCUCGAAUUAAGAGUCUUACAUCUGGAACAAUAUCGAAUUUCAUAGAUGUGAUUCUGAAUUUGGGAAGUUCCCAACCUCUGCAGGACUCAAUUUUACAUAAAUUACACCAACGUGGAGAUAAAGUAGUUUUCUAUGGUGACUUUACAUGGGUCGAUUUGUUUUCGAAAAUAUUUACCCGAUACGAAUCCAAUACGGAUUCAUUUUACCUAAGCGAGUUUCAUGAAGGCGACAAUAAUAUCACAAAAAGCUUACAUAAGGAACUAAGAAAUUUGACCAGUUGGGACUUUCUUAUAUUGCAUUAUAUCGGAUUGGACCGAAUUGGCCAUAUGGAGGGCUCGAAUGGAGGAAAAAUAUUUUUAAAAUUGAGAGAAAUGGAUGACAUUGUAGAUCUUAUUGAUAAAGCACUGGCAAAAAAGCUUACUGAACCGAAGCCUCUAUUGCUUGUGACUGCUGACCAUGGAAUGAGAAAUGGAGGUGGACACGGUGGAAGUUCUCCCGAGGAACUUUUUGUUCCACUCAUUGCAACCGGUCGCUAUUGCACCCCACAAAAUAAAACACCAGAAUAUAAUCAAGUGGAUAUUGCGGCAACAUUAUCCAUACUUCUUGAUGUUCCAAUACCUUCAACCAGCAUCGGAUGUAUUAUACCCGAUCUAAUAGAAACCUUAACUCCUGAAGAGAAAUUGUAUGCUUUUUAUUACAAUACAAAGUUUUUAGUUGACAAGGCAAUUGCUAAAUAUGGCAAAAAGAUUGUCGAGCAGAUGGAUUAUUUUGCAUGGUUUGAAACUGCAACUGAUGCUCACACAAUAUAUCUGACUAACAUAUUGAAAGAGAAUACAACAAGUCCAUAUCUAUUUGAAAAAGCCAAACUUAAUUACAUUCGUUCGGCAUCUGAAGUCUCACAUAUAUUUGCUCGAUCAUAUACUCGAUUCGAUUUUGGAAUGAUUUUGUUUGGAGUUGCCUUAACUGGUUUGUCAACAGUUCUAGUUUUCGUGACAUGUAUAACUUCAACUAAUUUGUCCAAAAAAAUUCACGAACCGAUGAUUUAUUUUGGUAGAAUAUUCCUCGCUGCAGUUUCAAUAAACACAAUUGGCUACGUGUUUCACUAUGUCCACACUAGUAAUAUCGUACUUAUGUGCCUUACAACUGUUCCAUUAUUUGUUAUCAUUUUAUUAAGCCUUGAACUAUCUAAACUUGUUCUUAGAAGUCGUGUGAUUUUUACUCUUGACAUUCCAAUAUCGAUAGCAUUCGGUAUUCUGUUUCAAAUUUUCUCACUUUGUAGUACGUCGUUUAUCGAAGAAGAGCAUCAAACGUGGUACUACUUAGGAUCAACCUUCUUGCUUAGUCUGUUUUGGAAAAAUAUCUCGACUACACGACUAAAGGUUAUUACUUUUAGUAGUUCAUCCUCGCUAGAGCGAGAUAUUUUGAUUUUCUUUAAAAUUCUGAGUCCAUUGACGAAACCAUUUUUUGCUGUGCUUUUAACUGUUUUCAUUCGGAGACUCAAUCAAACUGGCGAUAAAUGGAUGCGAGUACCGGACAUGGGCGACUGGUUCGUUGUGUCGGAAAAUAAAAUAUAUCUUAGCUUGUUCCUUAUUUUUAGUCUUUUAUUAAUAAUUUAUCAACUCAAACAGUUUAACACACCUCUACAAAUGGUAGCGUGCAUAAUCACUUGUAUCUCGGUCUAUUGCUAUCGUGGUGUUAUCGAUGCUGUUGUAUUUUUCCAUGCGAAGCAUUUUAAUUUUCCUUUCAGUCCGUUUUUGGUGCUGCCAUUCUAUUGGUUGAGUGUGUUAUUUAUCUUAGCAUCAAGUUAUUGGCCUGUGAUAUUUGGUACAACAAAAGACAGCAAAUUAGACAAUGCCCGAGUGUGUAAAUUACUUGGUACAAACUUAACAGUUUUUACCCUAGUAUCAGCACUUCUACACAAGCCGCAUAAUGUGUUCCUUGUCUUUGCAAUACAAUUUAUAUUAAAAUGUACAUUUAGACUUUGCGAUAAUUUGAGAGGAUCAAGAAGAAGACUAGACGCCCAAAUGAUUUUGCUGUACAAAGUUGUUGUGACUAUUUAUGUAUGCAGAAUGUUUUAUUUUUAUCAGGGUAAUUCAAACAGCUUGGCCACAAUCGAUCUCAAUCCCGGAUACAUUGGACUCUCUCACUACAAUCCAUUAUUCGUUGGAAUAAUGGUUACACUAAAUACAUAUUUUGCUGAAAUUUUUGGUUUCCUUUAUCUAAUGCUGGAGAUUUUCCAAAAACAAGAUGAAAUCUCCAUUUCGAAGGAAACCAACGAAUUCGCCAAUUAUGCUACAGAGAAAAAUAAUUACAAUCUAGUCACAACAAUAAUGGCAGCAGUUAAAUUAUUAACAACAUGUGUUUAUUUGAUUUUAAUGGUAGGUUUUCGACAUCAUUUAUUUAUUUUCACAGUAUUUUCACCAAAAGUAUUGUACGAGUGUUUUUCGAUAUUACUCUUUUAUUUAAAUGUUUCGAUGACGAAUUUGUACUUUUAUUUGUUACAUAAAAUUAUUUAAAUAUUACAAAAUUAUAAAUAUAA